GUGUGUUUUUGGUCAGUCCAAGUCAGCGGUAUGCUUUACACACCACACGUUCCAGGUGUAUAUAUUUAAACACUGUACAGUUUAGUGUCACAACCAUAUAUCUUGCUGCCACAUCGACAAUAACAACAUGUUCAAUACCGCCAUGUGUAGCCCUCUAUUACAUCAGUCUCCACGUCUGGUUUGGUUUCCAUGGUUUGACCUGCCUCAAAGAAAGAUUUUCUGGACAUGGUAUAACAACAUGGGGGACGCCUGGAAAUGGGCACUGAACAACGAAUUUUCACAACCUUAUUUCCAUGUGCUUGCAAACUUUAUAGAUGAUGAGAUAUAUGUUCGCUAUAGGACGAUAUAUCCACCAGCUGAGCUGGUGUUCUCCUGGACACGAUAUUGUUCUCCGGACUCAGUGAAGGUGGUGAUAUUGGGACAGGAUCCAUACCCUGGACCAGGUCAAGCUCAUGGUCUGAGUUUCAGUGUUCCGGACGGGGUGCCUAUUCCACCUAGCUUAGAUAAUAUUUACAACGAGCUGACGACUGAUAUAAAUGUAAACUUCAAUCACCCACGUCAUGGCUCGCUGAUUGGCUGGGCUAAACAAGGUGUCCUUUUAUUGAACACCUGUCUCACAGUGCAACACGGCGUACCUGAAUCUCAUCACCGCCAGGGUUGGAAAAUAUUCACAGACGCUGUCAUAUUAUAUCUCAGCCGCAACUGCACGGGGCUGGUGUUUAUGUUGUGGGGAAAUGAAGCUCAACAAAAGACAGGCUUAAUAUACCCGUACCGGGACCAUCUUAUUCUGAAACGUUCCCAUCCUAUGGCUAGACGUAACGCUACUGAUGGGGGAUUCCUGGGCUGCAAACACUUCUCCAAAUGUAAUGAACACUUAAGAUUUCACAACAAGACCCCUAUUGACUGGAAUUGGCUUCCUACUCCCAAGAAUACGCUGCCUAUCGAUUGGAAAAGGCUGCCUAUAGACAGAUCGCCUGUUCUGAGGGAUUGGGAUUAUAGUGGCUGCAAUGAGCGAUUUCACUGGAGUCGGCUGCAGAUAAACUGGGAUCGGCUGCCUCUUUAUCGGCCUGUUGGCUUGGAUGAGUGUAAUACUGGCUUGUAUAGGCUGCCUGUUGACUGGAGUUGGCUGUCUAUUGACUGGACUGGGUUGUCUAUUGGCGGGCCUGUGAAGCCCAACACAGGUAUCAUUGCGCCAUCGAAUCCACUUUCUUAACCCCGGCAACGAAAUGUUGGGUCCCACCCUCCACUUGGGAGCCAGCAGAGUACUGCGAGAGAAACAGUUU